AUGAUGAUGGAAGUGGAUACUGGAAAUUCUCGGCCUUUAGAAGUUUCUACGCCUGCAAAAGAAGCAAGGAAGCAUCCGGAAACAAAGGAAAAGACAAUGGAUUGGGGAUCUAUUUCAAUUCUCAAAGAUCACAAAGAGAGAGAACGCCAUAAGAUCAUGUCACAAGGCUUAGUUUACAUUCUAAUUUCGUUUUUUGCCCAAAUUUUGGUAUGAUGUCGACUAAUUUUAAUCUCAAAAAUCAAGGUAGCUGCUCAACGACUUAUGAAGACUUGCUUUCAAAUAACGACCAUUUUCGUGAGCCAAUACCGUUACCGGUAACAGUUGUUUUCUUACAACUCUUUCAUGGAAUCAAACAUCACGAACAUUGCAAUAUUUUCAUUUUUUCACCCAAAAUCAAAUAUUUUUUCUUAGAUGUGUUCACUCAAUAUUGUAAUCUUGUCUAUAUUUACAGAAAACAAGCAUUUUAAUCCCAAACUAUUUCAGUGUAGUGAAAUCUUCACUCUUGAGUAUUUUGACUUAUUGUAAACAUUCAAAAGUCAA